CUAAGUAAUGUAUGUAUAUGUGUGUGUGUGUGUGUGUGUGUGUGAAUGAGCGGUCCCCAUAAGGAUAUGUUUACCCUACGUGUGUGUGUGUGUGUGUGUAUGUGUGUGUUAAUGGACGGAUAGCGUCAAGCUAGUAAAAGACAGGAGUCGAAAAAAUAACGGGAAGCUAUCUUGUAGUAUUUUCGGUUAUGAAGUAACAGGUCUAAUGUUGGGUGUCACAGUCAGAGUUGAAAGAAGUGAUUGUUUUACCGUCUUCCUGUGGUUGCAGCCAAGAAGAAAGUUAGCAAGGGACAAAAUCUUCGUCUAAAGCAUUUAAAAUUUGAACACAAUCAUGUUAUGCAUGAUCCCGGUUGUGCUCAUGAUAUUUCUGUUGGGUGAGAUGUCUUCUGUUGCUAAGUCACCCAAGAAACAACCACGUACCAGGCAGUGUUUUGAUUUACCAGAGGAAAUCUUGGAACAAACGUUUGGACGUCUUUCGGCUGGUGUCCUAAGUGCAUUCCACCAUACGCUGCAACUUUCUCCACUAGAGAGAGAGAAUUUAACCUGUCCAUCAGCAGGUCACUUAAUGCCAAGGAAAAAUUUCAGUCUCCCAAUUAAUGUUGUUAGCAUUUCCCCAUGGGCUUACAGGAUAUCGCAUGAUCCUACGAGAUACCCCCGGUUCAUCCCUGAGGCCUACUGCUUGUGUAAAGGUUGCCUGACUCAUCCGUUUGGGGAGGAAAGCCACUUAUACCGGAGUAUGCCAAUCUACAUGCCAUUUGUCAUCUUGCGCCGUACAACUUCCUGCUCAGGAGGUCACUAUUCUUACACUGAGAGCUAUGUUUCCAUCCCUGUGGGUUGCACCUGUGUUCCCUCACAGGACAAGAAUGGCUAUACUAGUGAUCAAAACCUGAAGAUAGCAGACUUGGAAACCAAGGUUGACAACUCUAACAAACAUUUAUAACUAAAAAACAAAACCUGAAAUAUGAAUGUGCAACAGUCUGUUUAAACAGAGAAUAGAAGUUAAACUUUCUAAAAGAAUACAUUUCUGACAACAGUUUUGAAUAAAUUCAUAUUGAAUAUUUAGUAGCGCAACCUAAAACCCUGGGUUCCUUCAAAUCAGAGCUAGAUAAGAUUUUAACAACUCUGAGCUAUUAGUUAAGUUCUCCCCA